AGCAGAUCCAAACCAGCACAGCAAACACCAAAAACCAACCAGGGGGAAAAGGGAAUAAGAAGAGAUGAAGCCCACUGUGCAUUACACCCUGAUGGUUUUGCUUAGCGUUUUGUUUAGCAGAAUCACCCUGAGCGAGGCGACUUCGGGCUGCGCGUUCCAGCCUGAAAACAAAACAAGGUCUCUUUAUGCCGCCUGCAGGAUGCACCCGAACACCCAGCUCGCCCCUGGCAUGCCCAAAGUGUACGGCCAGGUCCUUUUCAAACAAAGCGACCCAGAGGAAGGGUUAGCGGUGAGGUUCAGACUGCACGGCCUGCCUCCAUCGGCUACUCAGUUAAGAGCCAUACACAUUCACCAGUACGGAGACCUCAGCGAGGGCUGCGCCUCCACCGGCGGGCAUUACAACCCGUUAGGAGUCGACCACCCUAACCAUCCGGGAGAUUUCGGCAACUUCAUAGCUCAGAAGGGGAAGAUUCGCAGGUGUGUCUACUCCAAAGCUACUCUACACGGCGAGCUGUCGGUCCUCGGCAGGGCCGUGGUGAUCCAUGAGAAGCAGGAUGACAUGGGAAAAGGACACGAUGCAGGAAGUCUGCUGCACGGCAACGCAGGGGGCCGACUGGCAUGCUGUGUGAUCGGAAUAACCAGUCCGACACUGUGGGACAAAUAUCACAACUGAACUGGAGAAACAGUCUGGCCAAAAGUAUCCCAGUCGUGAUAUAACCAUGUGUUUGGAUCAUUUUACAAACUUCUCAGUCUUGCAUUAACCCUGUCUCAACUUUUCUGGACUGUACCACAUCAUAUGAGUAUUUAGCAGAUAUAUUUACCACAGUAAAUAAUGUUAUUCAGGUAUUUACAAGGAUAUUUACAACAAAGUAAAAGACUAUUUACAAAUGAGCAAAAGUAUUCACAUUACCACCAAAUACAUGCUUGCCCACACAUAAUCACCACUCUGAGCAAAAAUAUUCACACCCUGACCAAAUACAUACAGUACUUGCACACUCAAUAUCACAUAUCUUACCAAAAGUAUUCAACCCCCACCCCUACACACACAUUUUCUACCACUGCUACCCUGCAAUAACACUCACAUAUUUAUAUAUAGUUUCCAGCAGUGUGUAUAAGUAAUUGCACCUUUCUGAUUGUCUCUGCUAUUGCACAUUUGUCACACAGACACCUCCUGAAGUCCUGGGUUUGAUCCUCUGGAACUGUUUGUGAGUGUAUUUUUUAUGCACUGUGGUUUCCUCUUACUUCCCAAAUAUGUGUAGAAGGUAAACUAACCCUAUUAAAAUGCACUUGUGUAUGAAUAAGUAAAAGAGUUUAUAUAUGUGUGUGUUUUGCCUAUUAAUGAACUGUGUAGGUUAUGUUACUGCAUUGCGUCUGAAGUUUGUGGCUGCUAACGGACUCACUUUGACCAUGACCAAAAUAAAGCACUUGGUAAACAUCAGUAAAUGAAAUGUGAAAUUGCAAUAAACAAACAUGAAACUAAA